AGUGUUUAACUUCAUCUUAACAUCUUUGUAUAUGACUAAUGCCAUUGGAUAUGCUUUGGGACAUGCAGCCAUGUCAGGUGAUGUUUCAAGGGCUGCUUGGAACUCCGCAUACGAGAAAGGGCUUGUUGAAAUAUUACAUGAGUAUAAGGAUAACCCAAAAUAUAAAGGUCAGAAUGGUUGGUCAUCAGAAGGGUGGAGGAUUAUCACUGCCAAGUUCAACGAGAGCUUUCCCAUAGCUCACUUCACAAAGCAACAAAUUCAAGAAAAGGAAAAGGAGCUUAAAGGUAACUACAAGACACUAAGAGAUGCAAAAAAGGAAAGUGGUAAUGGCUGGAAUGAAUCUUUGUGCAUGAUACUUGCCGAACCAAAAAUCUGGGAGAAGUUAAUUAAGAACCAUCCAAAAGUAGCAAAGUUUCGCAAAAAGCCAUUUCCUCUCUUUUACCAAUUGGAAGCACUAUAUGAAGGAAGUAUUGCCACAGGGAAUCUUAACUUCACUUCAAUUCAGCAAAAGGAUCCUCUUGAUGAUGCUCCUAUGGCUGCUCCAAGGGUUGCUCCUAUGGCUGCUCCAAGGGUUGCCCCUAUGGCUGCUCCAAUGGUUGCUCCUAUCGCUGCUCCAACUGUUGCUCCUAUGGCUGCUCCUGCUGAGAGAAGUAUCUCUGAACAAAGCCUCCACAGUGAUCUUAGAGACUUUGGCAAUAAUCCGUAUGUUUCAAGUUUUGAUGGCCAAGGGACCUCAAGUGCACGCAAUGAACAAAAUGAAGCUCAUUCUGCUCCAAGUGAAGGAGGAAGUGGGAGAAAGCGUAAGCAAAGUCACAUUGGAUCCGCUCUUGAGGAUUAUGUGGAGUUUAAAAAGAGUCAAACAAGCAAAACUUUGGAAGCUUUGAAUGAAAAGAAAAAGCAUGCUGAGGAAUUUUGUUUUGAGAAGUGUGCUGAUCAAGUGGAUUCUAUAAAUGAAUUAACAAAUGAGGAGAAGUCAUAUGCUAUAGAGCUCUUUGAAUCUGAUACAAACAGAGAAGUGUUCAUGAAGACCAAAAAUCCUGAAGUUCGUCUAAUUUGGCUAAAGAGAAAAAUCAGAGUGCUCAGCGGACGUGCGAUAUAAAAACUGAAGAAAAAUCAGGUAUGUUUGGCUUGCACUUGAAAUUAGACUGCUAAUAUGCUUUUUUAGAGUAGAACUGAAUGUGCAGUGAGCAGUCAUGGACUGCAUCAUUGUUUCU